CAGCAGCAUGUGAUAAAUAUUUCCAGGGCGGUGACAGUUCCACAGGCUGAAGUCCAGGAGGGUCAUCCCUCUCUGGAGCAAAUCACGACCGAACUCAGUCAGAUCUCAGAGGCUGAAAGCCAAUCUGCGGACAAGCCCCGAAUCCUUUACCAGUGCGGAGAUUGUGAUGAGCUUUUCAAGAGUCUGGACCUAUGGCAGCAACACCGCAAAGAAGGAGGGUGCCAGCAGGAAGCCUCUGAGGGCAUAGCGGAGGCAGAGUUGCAUGUCCCAGCAGAGACCUCCUCAGCUCAGAGUCCAGCAGCAUCCUUAGACCAGGAAGAGUCUUCUUUGUCACAGAUCGAAAGUGGCAGGAGUUUUGAACUCGAGCAUACGCCUGUAGGUAACCAUGAGGAGGAGGAAGAGGAGAUAAUACAGACCAUUGUGUCUCAAGGCCCUGAUGGUCUUGUUGCUGACACAGCCACUUCAGCCUCUAAUGCCGAUGAUUCCUCUCCGAGGAGGAGAGGGGCUAACAAAAAGCCCAAGCCUGAGCCAGUGCUUCUGUGCGUGGACUGCGGCUCGUGCUUUGGCUUGGUGUCGGAGCUCGUGGCCCACCGCAAGACCCAACACGGCUUUGAGGAGGCUCUGCACCGCUGCUCCGUGUGUGGAGAAAGCUUCCUGAAUACCACACUCUUCCUCUAUCAUCGCAAGCAGCACCGCCAGAAGGGCGAGGAAAAAGUGCUGGUCGUUCCCGAAAUGACAUCAGAUGAGGUCUGUGUCCAGAGCAACGGGACCACCGAUCACAACGCCGAUCCUUCAACCAGCAGCCUGACCCCCGUGUUCAGUCAGCCGGACCUGUUCUUCUGCACCCAGUGUGGGCAGAGCUUCAGCGAGGAAGGGGGGCUGGUCACUCAUCGCAAGGAGAAGCACGGCCUCAGCGAGCCCCUGCACAGCUGCUUCCACUGUGGGGACAGCUUCAUGAACACCACUCAGUACCUGUACCACUGGCGUCUGCACCGUGUCACAGCAACAACAGAGUUGGAAGGUGAGGUUGAAACUGGUGACGAAACGGCAGCCAGUAAACCCGAGGACAGCCCACAGAGGAAGAAGCGGCUGCUGUCCCCCACUGCUGAAUGCGGUUCUCCUCUUAAAAGGAGCAGGCCUUCUUUCAGGAUCCUGAGUGCUAAUGCACUAAAAGGAACCAAAGGUUCAGGUGUCAAAGAAGAGUUGGAGGGAGGCACAGCAGCAGACUUGGACAACACCAAUCACCCUCCACCUGCCAAGCUGUUGCAGGACUGGGCCCGAACACCUCUGCCCCACGUUUGUCCCUACUGCGGCAAAACCUUCACCCGCCGCGUCUUCCUGCGCACGCACGUCUACAGCCACACCGGAGAAAAGCUUUUCACCUGCAAGGUGUGCACAAAGUCGUUCACCAAUUCCCAGAGCCUGCUGCGCCACAGCAUGAGCCACACGGGAAACAAGCCCUUCUGCUGCGACAUUUGUGGCAAAAACUUCUCCCAGGCGGCCACCCUGAAGAGGCACCAGCUCAUUCACACGUCGAUGCAACCUCGGCGCAAACGUGGACGCAAACCGAUGUGUGCUCUGGACAGCGAGGGAGCAGCUCAUCUCUUUGCCUGUCCCAACUGUCCUUCACGGUUCAACACUGAGGAUCAGCUGAACCAUCACAAAUUGCUCCACACCAGCCACCCUUUCCCUUGCCCUGAGUGUGGAGAGGCGUUUAAACGCAGGAAAGACCUGGACCUGCAUUCGCUCACACACCAAGACAAGCAGCCAGCCACAUGCCCCCACUGCUCCUCCCAGUUCAUCAACCAGUCAGUCCUGGAAAUCCACCUGCAGCGCUGCCCGACGACGGAGGAGGAGAAGAACACGGGCCGGGGGCGCGGCCAGGGCCGCGGGCGUUGCACCGGACAGAUCGAGUGUGACCUUUGCGGCCACCGUUGCAUGACCCAGGAGGGCCUGGACCUCCAUCGAUUAUCGCACACAGGCCAGACGCCGCUCAAAUGCCCAGUGAGGCCCUGCCGCCGCAGAUUUACCUCCAACAAUGCCCUGGAGGAGCAUGUGCUGGCACAUUUCCAGGGAACUCUUUCCAAGUCCAAAAACCGACCCCGCUUCCGCUGCGAGAUUUGCCUCAAAGAAUUUGCCUAUAAUUCCACCUUCAGUGUUCACAUGAGGACACACACCGACGAGAGGCCCUUUGAGUGCGCCACCUGUGGGAAGCGUUUCCGCCAGCUGCCCCAUCUGCAGGACCACGAGCGGAUCCACUCGGGCCUGCGGCCGUUCUGCUGCUGGAUCUGUGGCAAGAGCUUCAGCGUGGCCGCCCGUCUGACAGAGCACGCCCGCACCCACAGCGGCGAGAAGCCCUACCCCUGCCCGCACUGCUCCGCCGCCUUUCGCUCCCGCCCCAACCUGGACAAACACCUCCGGCUGCACGGGGACCUGCUCCCGGAAACGGCCGAGCAGGUUGUGCACGCGGCCGAGGCCGCCCAGGUCCAGAAAGUGCUGGAGGGGGCCAAGGUGCUGUCGUCUUUAGCCGCCACCGAGGUGGACACUGGGGCCGUACAGACAAUUUAUGUGCUGCAGGGAGGGGAAGGAGGCACGGAGACGGUCAUGAUCCCAUCAGAUCAGCUGACCGGCAUAGACGGAGCAUCACAGGUGGUCAUCCUUCCCUCCUCAGUUCUGGGAGCUCAGGGCAUCUCUGUUCCAACCAUUACUAUGGAUGAAACUGAAAUCACCAUGGUGGAGACGGGUCAGUCACCCCAACAUGCUAUCGAGUUUAUUGUGGAGGAGACCGUAUGAGAGGCCAAUUAAAAAAAAGAAAAAAAACCUACAAUGAGGACAUCAAUUUGGAGAGGGAAUGAUUAAAAUGAGAGCAAAGGGUCCUGACGGGUUGGGAAGUGACUACCUUAUACUGGAUGAACAUAGUUUAUUAGAUGCUUAAUCUGGUUUCAACAAUUAUACCAACCUGUGUAGUUAUUUUACAACUUUGCUUGGGUAAAAAGUUACUUUUGAAGCAGCGUUUCCUAAUAAUUUAAUGGUUGAUCUAUUCAGGAGACUGGCGUAGAUUAGGGUAUUGAAAAUAAAAGUUUUAAAAUCAGACUUUAUUCAAAACUGGCCUCUUUGUACAGUCCCAGUUUAUUAGAGGCUCGGGCACCUAUGAAAUAUUAUCUGCUUUCUUAAUAAUAAAACGCUGCCACUUUCACACUUGUGAGUGUCCAUCAUUUUAUUAGCCCGCUGACACGGGGGCGCUGCCCCCCCCAUCAGACGGGUCGGACUUUAUAGGCCGUGCCAUAAAUAUCUGACAGACGGGACGUUGUCCGGGGAGGAAGACACGGAGACCUCUCAGUGACCGUCAGUGUGGUGCUUUUCUCUCACAGGGUCGUGUACGUAUGGAUCAGGCCUGAUGUUCCGAUAAUUUGUUGCGCAUUAAGUUAUCGACUUGAUCUGUGCUGUAAUUAAAUACAAUAAUAAAAAAACAGAUAGGGCGAGAUUUAUGAAGGUUUAACACAAAUACAGCAUUAUACGGUGGCAAGUAAUGUAAUGAAAUUAUCCGGCACUUGCUGCAUAGUUAUCAAAAAUAAUGGCCCUAUUUGUGUCUGAAUGUGAAGAGGCAUAAUGUGAUAGAAGUUUUGCCAGCGCUGCAGUGGGCCAUUACAGGCUUCUGAAAGGCGCUUUAUGGCUGUCUCCCACCCAGCGAUUGCUGACAGGGGGGUUUGAGAGCACACACACGCGGAGGCACUCAGUCUUAGUUUGUUUUCAUGUCAUGGAAGCAGAAAUGCUGAUGAUUGCGCGGGUAACUGGAAUGGGAAUAUGGCAGCAUUUCUGCAGAGCGAGAGGCACAUGGAGGAAAUGGAGGAGCCAGCGCCAGGAAUCCAGCUGCUGUUCACAGAGAAUCAACAAGCAGACCGUCAAUAAAAACUUCUCCUUUUUUUUACCCCCCCCCCCAGGAUAGUAUCCUGGUUGAUUGCCUCUCAUCCUACCUUCUGCCUGACAUUGAAGCAGAAAAACCCCACAAACACAGGUAUAAUGAAAGCUUUUGGGCUGGUGGUAAAACGGCAACAAUCUCCUGCUCUGAUGGAGCAGCCUGCCGGCCAGAUUAACGUCUUUGGUUCACAGAUGAUGGAACAUAGUCUGUGUUUAGACACUGACUCAGAUGAGGUGUUUGAGGGGAGAUUUCAAACCUGUUUUUAGUUUUCCUGUUGAUUGUGAGGACACAGGCUUACCGAAUUCAGAUCCUGCUUCUACAGUGUGUCGUGAUUAUUAAACGGCUCCACAGGGCUGGAGAUGCAUAAUCUGACUGUAACAUAUCACAUGAAAUGUCUGACAGUGGAGGACAUUUCAUUUGAACUUAUUAACCAUUUAAUUAAACCUUGUGUCUCUGA